AUGUCCUUUGAACAAAACAUCAGCAUUAUGGCAAACGGCCCUUUUCUCUCAGGUGCUCAGCUGGACGAGACGGUCGCUAUUGCUGUCAGAGCCUACGAUACUAAUCCUUCUAUUCGUGCGAUGGCCGGCGGAAACAAGGCUCUGUAUGAUCAUUUUUUCAGGGCUGUAACUCGCGCGCUAGUCCUAGAAGGCAAGAUAUGGCUCGCCACUUCAGAUGGCAAGAUCGUUGGAGUUCUCGGAGGCUUUGGACCCGGGAGUUUCCUUUGGGCAACAUCAAUUUACUGUUUCAUACCCUCGGAAGAACAACGUGCCUUGAGGUUUGACGAUGUCUAUGCUAGGCUGACGGAAGAAACUCAAUAUUGGUGGCAAAACAUCUAUGAGCCACGGAUCAAAGAAUUCAUGGAUAACGCUCUAGGAAAAACUGCAAAACUCAAAGAUUGGAUGAUAUCGCUUUUGGCGGUCGAUCCGCCAUACCAACGCCGCGGAAUUGCGACGGCCAUGUUGAAGCAUAUGACUAGCCAGGCGAUCCAAGACAAUGCAAUUAUGGUUGUUGGCGCAGAUAUCAAUCUCAAUGUUCGCAUUUACGAGAGUUUUGGGUUCGAACUCAAGGGAAAGGCUGUUCUUGCGAGCUCUGUCAGGGGGAAAGCUAUCCGAUUUUCGCUCUGAAGAAGGUACCUUGAACGUUGCCCACGGGCGCAGACAUCGGCGAUGUCAUAGAUAAUCAAUCUAU